AUGUCUGCUCGCGAUCGCGCUCGGUCUGUGUAUGUCCGUGGCCUGCCCGAGCUGAGCGGACUACAGGACAAAGUGUCCGGCUACUUCCAGAGCGGGAGUCUGUCAGAAGGAGGGGCUGUCACGAGGGUGAAGUUGUUGGGAGCUGGACAAGCUUUGGUCACGUUUGUAGACGAAACAGCAUCACAGCAGGAGAGUAUCAAGGAUUUGCCAUUAACAGACCACAGUUCAGAUUCAGACUCAGAUUAUGCAACGCCUCCAGAGUCUCCAUCCCCCAAACUUCUGCCUGUCCAUGUCUGCCACGAGACCAAAAUUGAUGAAAGCGAACCUGUUAUCGUCAACAGCCUCUUGCUGCAAAAACAAGCAAAUGCAGACUCAUCUGCUUCAGGCGCAUCAUCACAGCCUGUCUUACAACUGAGGGCUGGAUCUUAUCUGUUUGAAAGUCUUACAGAGCCAGGUCAACCUGAAGAUGAUUCUCCAAGAACAACAGGUCCACCUGCCCCACCUAAGAUCCUUCCCAAACCACCUAAGCCAACUGCCCCCCGAAAACCUUCCCCAAAACCAACCACCAGCUCUUCAGCAACCAGGGAAACAACAGCAACUUUCCCUCAAUAUUUGAACACAGAAGGUGAACCAAUGGGAGAUAAGCAACAAGAGCACCACCCAGUCACCACGUCUUCAGCACCUGGGACAGCAUCCCCUUCCCUUCUAUACCCAAACCUGCCCAAUACAUUUAUGGGAGGACAACCACAACGACAUCAUCCACUUUAUCAUUGGCCGCGUCCUCCAGUGAGAACGAUGUCCCCAGCUGGACCACCACUCUACCCACCCCAACUACCAGGCUCACAUGCACACUUUACGCCUCAUGGAGUAGGAAUGCCCUACGGAAACCCUAGGCAUGUUUUUCCUUGGACUGAUGCAGGCGGCAUUCCUCCAGCUGGUGUCCAAUUUCAAGGUCAGGGUCAUCCUGCAUCCGGCCCCCAGUCUGCGUUUAUUCCUCAAGCAUCACAUCCUUCUACUAGUGGACCCUACAUGCCUCCUGGACAACCAGCAAGCAGCAUUCCUCAUACCAGUGCAAGAUUGUCACCAUCGUCGGAAGUUUUGCACCCCUACCACCACCAGCAGCCUUCGUCAUCACCUAGCUGGAGGUCACCAAGAACUGGCUCCCCAGUAAGCCUUCCCCUGCCGCAACAAGACAGAAACAGAGGCCAUGGCUACCUCCCUGACCAGGCAUCUUCGGUACAUUCCAGACAGACUCCAACAGAUUUAAUGAGUGUUUGUAGUGAUGGAGAGUCAAUCUUUGUAGAUGCUUCAGAUUCUGUCAGCAAUGUCAGAAGAAAAGAAGCAACAAGGCCAUUGGGUGCUGAAGCCAAAAGUGACCACCAUCUCUCAUACAGACAGGAAGCAAAACUGAAACGUAAAGCUCCAUAUACCAUGCAGAGGGGAGCGAGCAAAACAGAUGGGCAAGCCAAGAAACCAUUCGUUGAGCCAAGUCGCAGUAUCGUUGUCUCUGGGUUUACAUCCACUCCUGAUGUAGACUUCUUGUGGCUGUACUUUGAGUCCAAGAGAAGGUCAGGAGGAGGGGGGAUCGAUGAGGAGAUCAAGGUCAGAGGUACUGAUGAGGUCAUCAUCACAUUCAAAGAUCCAGCAGUGACACAGCGUGUUCUGGCCCGUAAACACGUCCUUAACGGUCAGACACUUGACGUGAAGGAAUUAACGUCGUCUUCUGAGGAAGCUGACACAGACACUUCUCCUCCACCAAACAUCACCAUCCAAGUCUCGGGCUUUACGUCCAGCCCAAAUAAGGAAAUGAUGCUGCUGUACUUUGAGAACAAGAAAAGGUCUGGAGGAGGAGACAUCCAGGACAUCCAAGUCAGAGAUAACAAAGUGUUUAUUGUCUUCAAGGAUCCUUUAGUUGGCCGGCACGUUCUGAGACGUGAACAUCGUCUUGAUGAAACUGUUCUCAAACUGAAGGAGGUCCAGCCCAGAUCACUGGACAGCAGUCGUCUUCUGGUCAAGGGAUUGAAGGAAAGCACAACCAAAGAGACCCUCAGCCUUUACCUGGAAAAUGUUGGUGAUGAUGAAGUGACCACAAUAGACUACAGCAAACAGCCUGGAGUAGUCCUGGUCACUUUCAACAAGAUUUCCAACUUUGACAGGAUGGUAACCAAGGCCCAGUCCAGACCGCUGGAGGGACAGCAACUCACCAUGGAGAGGGUCCCCGUCACUGAUGCUGUCAUAGUUACGGACCUGCCAGACAACGUGUCCAGAGACCUGCUGGAGCUGUACUUUGAAAGGGAGACAGCGAGCAGCAGAGGUUCUGUCUCUGAGAUCAAGAUGGACUCUUCCACUGGAACUGCAGUUGUCCAGUUUGAUGAUGCAAACACUGUAAACAGUGUCCAUCGGAAAUCUUCACACACUCUAAACAACACUCCGAUAAGUGUCCAACCCUACUAUGAAUGCCUUGGUGAAGUGGUGGAUGACAACGCACCUGGAGCAUUCCAGUUGCCUCAACCCAUCAACAUAAAGAUCAAGCCUCAGCUGAUUUUGUUUGCCUUUGCCAUGUUUGCUGAGCAGCUUAAAGGCAAGUUAGCAGACAUUCAUGCAGAAGUCGAUCUGUUGGUAACGGACAUGGUGACAGUCUCACCAACACUGACGCCCGAGAUGAAAGGAGUACGGAAGCUGGCAAAGCAAUGGGAAGACAAGAGUCGAUGCUGCAUGGAACAGUUUUUCACACAGUUCCAGGCGACAGAGAUCCCCGUGGCAACUCAAAUUUGGCAACGUGCCAAAGACAGAUUUGAAGAGGCGUCUGAAAAGGUGAGUACGUCAAACAGGGAUGAUGUUUGGAUUGAAGCUUAUGAGGAAGAAGAUGUAGGAGGAGUGGUUACUCUGAUUGGGACAACAGAAGCUGUCACAGAGGCGGAGCUCGUCUGCAAAACCAUCAUCAAAGAGACAGAGGCGAUACUGAAGUGGGAAGCCUCCAUCUUGAUUGAUCACAUCGCCAAUGUGAAAGCAGCCAAGCUGAAGAUUCUUCAGCUCAACAACUUUACAGGAAAGCAUCCACUUGUGGAGAUCAGGUUGAACGUAGACAACCAGAGUGUGGACUUCAAGGGUCAGCAGGUCUUGGUACAGAAAGCCAAGAUUGACUUGUACGAAACAACCAAUAAAAUGGCUGAGGAAAGAGUCACCCUUUCAUGUGAAAAACUGUCGUACUUGAAGUCAGACAAAGGAAUGAAGCAUCUAGAGGACAGUUUGAAGAAGAAUGAUAUAAAGGUGGCCUUUGCUAUUGAAAAUGAAGAAAUGACUAUUCUAGCUCAGCGGUUUGUUGAAGUACUAGCAGCAAAGGACUUGCUGCCACAAGUUGUUUCAGAAUCACCCGUUGCCAUUGCAGAGGAAAGUCGUGACUUGCUGACCAAGCAAGGGUUUGUAACAUACUCAACAAAACUCCGACAACAGCUGUCAGUUGACAUACAUAUUGAAAAGGACAGAUCUAUAGUGUGGGUGGUUGGCCCUGUGGAGAAAGUUGCCACUGCAUCAAAGGACAUAAAAAUUUACAUUGCCAUAAACACUAUUGUUACCAUCAAUGUGGAUGUUGCAGAGGGAAAGGCAAAGUACCUGGACUACAGUGCUGCUAUCAAAGAUGUGGAGAAAAACCAUGCUGAACAACUGGUGAAGGUCAUGAUAGGCCAGGGGAAACUGACUGUGAGGGGAACCAAGGAUGGAACACAGAGCGCUAUGAAGCAACUGCAGGCGCUUAUUGAUGUUGUUACAACAGGCACCAUGAACAUCACAAAGCCAGGAAUGCACAAGUUCUUCACGAAGGGAUCAGGGAGUGGCUUACUGAAGGGGAUAGAGAGGGAGGUGAAAUGUGUGAUCCAGGUGGGGGGCAAACCAGGUGUGCCUGUCGGAGAUAUGGGUGGAGCCAGAGCUGCUGCAGCACCUGCAGGUCCAAAGCAGAUAUGUUACCACACAAUGGGAGGGAGGAACCUGGUGGUAGUACAGGGUGACCUGACCAGUCAUCACAGGGUGGAUGUGAUGGUGAACACUGCCAAUGGUUCCCUGUCUCACGGGGGAGGGCUGGCAGCAGCCAUUGUUAGAGCAGGAGGCCAGGAGAUUCAGCGAGACUGUAACAACUAUGUAAAGGACAAUGGAAAACUGACAGAGGGUCAGGUGAUGUCAACAAAGGGGUACAGGCUUCCCUGCAAGAUGGUGGUACAUGCUGUCGGCCCAGUGUGGAUUGCAGAUGAAAAGGACUCCAAAGAAAAAGUCCUGAAGAUGGCUGUGGAGAAUGCCUUACUGGUGGCCAGGGACUACCACAGCAUUGCCAUACCUGCCAUCAGUGCAGGUAAUUCUGGCUACCCAAUCAAACCCUGUGUGGCUGCUAUUGUAGCUGCUGUGACAGCUUUCUUCAACACCAACCCUGACUGUGCUCUGUCAGAAGUUCACUUUGCGGAAAUGGAUCCCCAAAAGACAGACGCCUUCAGAGAUGAGCUCUUGAACCGAUUUGGACCAGACAGAGUAACGAUGACAGGCUCCUCAGACACCACCCCAUCAGGACCAGUCCCUACACCCAGGCCCAGGGCAGCCCGUGAUGCUGGUGCAGAUGCUGCCACCAGCCCCAACAAGACUUUAACCACUCCAGAGGGAAUCAACAUCCAGCUGAAGAAGGGGGACAGCACUGCGGAAAAGGCUGAUGUCCUUGUGAACACAACAAGUGGUGACCUUGACCUUAGUCGGGAUGGAGUUGCUAGAGCCUUUGGUCAGGCUGGAGGACAAGAACUACAACAGCUUUGUAACAACCAUGGUAAGGCCAAUGCAGGUGAUAUACCCCUGAGAACGAUGGUACAGGACUGCCUGGAGUCUGCUGACGAAGAUGGUUACACCUCCAUAGCAUUCCCUGCCAUGGGCACAGGCAACCUGAAGUACCCCCGUAAUGUGGCUGCCACCUGCAUGUGUAAAAAGAGGCACCUGUGCAGAACUACUUUGUAA